AUGUUGGUUCUGGGAGCGCCUCGCCUGGAGUUUCCUGUUUUUAAGCAGUGGCGACACUUCCCCCUCAGUCAGCAGUUGUCGCCAGGAUCAGUUGGACCAUGGUGUUCGGUCAGUACCUCGCGGCCUGCCUCACACUGACUGUGGCUUCAUUCUCCACACCAGAUUCGUCGCUGUUUGUUGUUCCAGAUUCAUCGCUGGGCACCGUCGCAGCCUUCACUGAGCCCAACGGCAGCAAUGCUACAGAGAUGCAGCUCAACGUAACGAUACAGCCAGUCCCGUUGCUUAUGGAGGAUGAAAUCUUACACUUUCUGGAACUAGUCUGUGGACAACAUUUCAACGCAACGAUGAGUGAAAUUGGCAGUGACCAGUGGUGCAACUGGACAGCAGUGGCCAGUUUCUACAACACGCUGACAGAGUGCACCGAGGAUUGCUUGUUGCAGCUGAAGCUUUUUUGGCCGAAUGAAGUUGGGGAGAGAUUCUUUGUUAAGAAACACAACGAUUAUUUCCAGUGGUGCCACAGUGAGCCGGGCGAGUGGCUGGCCGAUCCAGCCAACAACAUGUUGCUGGGGCUGGUGCUGACUCCCAUCUGUAUCAUCCCCCUCAUGGUGGGCCUGGUGGUGUGGUGCAGCAAGACCAGCGACACCAAGAAAUAGUGUCCACUCGACCAAACCCUGCUCCGCCCUGGGACCGAGCUCCGCCCUGGGACCGAGCUCCGCCCUGGGACCGAGCUCCGCCCUGGGACCGAGCUCCGCCCUGGGACCGAGCUCCGCCCUGGGACCGAGCUCCGCCCUGGGACCGAGCUCCGCCCUGGGACCGAGCUCCGCCAUGAGACCGAGCUCCGCCCUGGGACCAGUAGGGCGUCCGAUCGCUUGCCGUGCUGCUUCCCCCAGUCCAGCCUGAGGCGACGGUCUGGUCAGCGGCCUGCAGCCGCUGUAAUGAUCGCUGUAACAGCCGCGCCAACAUUAAACACGCUUCUUGCAGCUGA